GAUUGUCCGGAAUUUCUAAACAAGAUUUGCUUCCGUUCACGUUUCUAAAGAUGUUUAUCAUACAAUUAUACUUUCAAUAUUGUACAUGAAUCCGCGAUUUAAAUUCACGAAGCUGGUUAUAUUAUAACUGAUAAAACCAAAAUCAGGCAACAGUCACCAUGAUGGACGAGGUAUCUUCACGCUUCUUUCUCUUCCGGACUGUGGUGGGCGCCAUGCUUUCUCAAAUCAGCGUCUUUCUUUUGGUACCCUCAUUAAUAGCUUUCUCAACAAAGUUUCCGAAAGCCCUUGACAACAAAGAAUCAGAUUGUUCAAUAAAAGUCGCUUUUAGUUGCAUGGUUAUUUCAACCAGUAUUGAAUCUCUCUUGUGGUGCUGGAUCCUAUUCACUAUAUUCGUCGCCGUGGAGUCCAAAGGAUACUGUCAUUUAAAAUGUUAUCACAUUGAAGUAUUACUUCACUUUAUCUCAUUUGGAAGUUCCGGUGUUGGGGUAACGAUAUUUGCUUACAAACACAACAGAGAAGUGUGGUACUGGAUAUUUGCUGUGGCAGGCGGCGCAUGCGCAGGAGGAAACGCUUUUCUAGGAUGUUGUUGUCAAAAUAUAAAGCGAAGAGUCAAAGAUCGAUUUGGAGCAUUGGAUCUCGAUGGAAUAUCAGAUAAAAAGCUUCUUAUUUCAAAGACUUGAAUGGAUUGAAUCUUUACAAUAGGGAAAUGUAUUUUUACGCAAAAGGAUAAAAAACGAUAUUUUGUAGAAUUGAAAUGAAGUUCAU